AUGUCGCUGAGCCCAAAGCAUACAACGCCUUUUUCAGUGACAGAUAUUUUGAGCCCAAUUGAGGAGACCUACAAGAAGUUUGGUGGCAUGGAUGGUACAGGGAACCUCGCCUCUCCUCUGGGAGCUUACCGGCAACCUCAGGUGUCACAGACCGGCAUGCAGCAGCACUCCAUGGGCCACAAUGCCACCGUGGCAACGACCUACCAUAUGCCUCACAGUGUCUCCCAGUUCUCGCACAGUGCCAUGGGUGGCUAUUGUAAUGGAAGCAUUGGCAACAUGGGGGACCUGCCGUCGUACCAAGAAACUAUGCGAAAUAGCGCAGCAACAGGGUGGUACGGUACAAAUCCAGAUCCAAGAUAUUCCACAAUUUCUAGAUUCAUGGGACCUUCCACAGGUAUGAACAUGGCCGGAAUGGGGACGCUGACGGGUAUGACCGACCCAUCCAAAUCUAUGCCAACACUGCACGCGGCUCCCAGGCGUAAACGGCGGGUGCUCUUUUCGCAAGCGCAGGUGUACGAGUUGGAGAGGCGCUUUAAACAACAGAAGUACCUGUCGGCACCCGAGAGGGAACACCUGGCCAGCAUGAUUCACCUCACACCGACUCAAGUGAAAAUAUGGUUCCAGAAUCACAGGUAUAAGAUGAAGCGUCAGGCCAAGGACAAGGCGGCGCAGCAGCUCCAACAAGAGAACAACCUUUGCCAGCAACAACAGUCCCCGCGGCGGGUGGCCGUGCCAGUUCUCGUUAAGGAUGGUAAACCUUGUCAGAACGGUUCCAACACACCUACGCCCAAUCAGCAACAUCACCAGCAGCAACAUCAACAACAGAACAGCACCGGGGUCGUGCUCGCAGCCUCGAGUAACGGCAUUAACCAACACCAGAACGCACAAGUUAACGCAUUGGUUCAAGCGCAAGAGCUGGAGGAUCUGUCUCCAAGUCCCCCCUCUCUACACAGUCAGAUGAACAGUAUGGCUCAAAUGGACACUUCUGCAGUAGAUUACACCAAUAAUAUGGUCAAUUCAAAUCUUCUGUAUGGCAGAACGUGGUAGUAUCCGUAAUUAUCCAUACACUCACUGAAAACAUUAAGCUGGAGAGGCCAA